AUGAGUCUCACUAAUCUGCCGCGAAUAUUCUUAUUGUCCACCAAACUAAAGCCUGAAGAACUUCACCAACUCGAAGAACGGAUUCCGACAUUGACGUAUGACAUUGGUGAGGCCGAGGUCGUGAUUGGCAAGAUUUCGCAGCCAAUGCGCGCUGAGUUUGAACUGAGACGAGCAAAACUCAAUUUCGUGCCUUUGUCACAAGCGCAGACUCAGAGAGAUGGGCCCUCAACUACAGCUGUGACGAAAGACCCUGGCAAUGGUUCCGAUCCUAAGCGGAGGAGAGUAACAGGAAAUGCUACAGGAGGGCAUGGCACUGUCAAGGUUGUCAAGCUGGAAUGGCUCCUGGAUUCGUGGGAGAAGGAGCACAUGCUGCCCAUAGAUCAGUACCUGGUUUGUCAAGUCGGUAGAGUACCAGCGCGCGAGGCAACACCUGUGCCCAUGCCUGUACUCGGAUCCGAAUCUGAACACAUGUUGUCAGCUGGUUCUACUUCUCCAGCAAGCGGCAUAUUAGAACGUGCUCUUGCUGAGCAGAAAGAUGAACCAAUAAGCACCUCACCGCAAACCCGUCACAAACGGCGCCACGAUGGCUCGACAACGUUGUCGCAAAACGCACCGAGCUUGCUUCACCAAACAACUUCGGAACACGAUAUAGUCUUACCCAAGAUGCCAGAAUUUCUAAGAACGGCAUAUUCCUGCGAGCGACCUACAUACAAGAACCCACCAAAUGAAGCCUUUGUCAAGCUUUUGACAGAAAUAAGAACGAUUCGCCAACUUGGAAAGGAUGAUGUCGGCGUGAGGGCUUACUCUACAUCAAUUGCCUCAGUAGCAGCAUAUCCAUACCCACUAAAGAACUCCCAAGAAGUCGCGCGGCUGCCAGGAUGCGGUGAUAGAAUCGCGGAACUCUGGCAUCGCUGGAAGGAGACAGGAGAGUCGGCGGAAGUACGCGAAGCUAACGCAGACCCCAGAAUCUCUGUUCUAAAGAUCUUCUACGACAUAUGGGGAGUGGGAGCGGCUACUGCUCGCGAGUUUUACCAAAAAGGAUGGCAAGAUCUGGACGAUCUGGUCGAGCAUGGAUGGAAUACUCUUAGCCGCUCACAGCAGAUUGGUGUGAAAUAUUAUGAUGAGUUCCUGUCGGGCAUUCCUCGAGAUGAAGUUGCCUCUAUCGGCGCUGCCAUCCUGAAGCAUGCACGCAUAAUUGACCCGGGAUUCGAAAUGGUCAUUGUCGGGGGUCACAGACGAGGGAAGCAGGAAUCGGGCGAUGUUGACGUUGUAUUGAGUCACCGAGACGAGAGCAAGACACUCCACGUAAUAUCAAAGAUCGUCGUGAUCCUCGAACAGGCUCAUCUGGUCACGCAUACGCUUGUACUGUCAGCCCACAACAGUGAGCGAGGACAGCGUCCUGUAUCGUGGAAGGGGCAGACCUCUAGCAGCUCGGGCUUCGACACACUCGACAAGGCACUGGUGGUUUGGAAAGACUCGAGCAAAGAGGAUGCACCACAUCGACGAGUCGACAUCAUCAUCAGUCCGUGGAAAACAGUUGGCUGCGCAGUGUUGGGAUGGAGCGGCGGAACAACGUUUCAGAGGGACCUUCGACAAUACUGCAAGUAUGUCAAGGGGUACAAGUUUGACAGCAGUGGCAUUCGACAUAGGGCUGACGGCAGAUGGGUGGACCUUGAAGGCACCUCAGCUGACAAUGCAGCCCCGGAUAUGGAGACAGCAGAACGGAGGGUUUUUGGAGGACUCGGUCUGCCGUGGCGGCCACCAGAAGCAAGAUGUACUGGCUGA